AUGAAUAAUCAUUUUAAAUUUUAUUUUAUUAUUUUAUUAUGUUCAAUAUUUUAUAUUUCGUUUUCUGAAUCUCAAACCAUAGGAGAAUAUAAUUGUUUAUAUAAUAUUUUUGAAAAAUUUAAUUUAACAAAAGCUUAUCCAAAAAAUUCAACUGACGGAUAUAGUAAUGUUUGUGAAAGUGCUGGUAUUUUGUGUGAGGGUGGUGUAGUUAAGUCAAUAAUUAUAACAGGUAAAAAUGAACAAUCACCUUUAAGUGCAGUUCUAACACCAAAUGAAUUAUCUUGUUUACCAAAUUUAGUUAGUAUAUCGUUAAUAUCAAUAAGAGUAAACACAGAUGUCCUUUUUACAAAGAUUGGUUCUGUGAGUUCAAUUAUUUUAGAAAAUAUUCCAUCAGGAGCAAUUAAUAUUACUCAAAUUGACAGACCAUUCCCUCCAUAUGACUCUUAUUUCUUAUCAUGUAAUGAAUUUAAUAACUCAAUUUUAAAUUCCUCAUAUUUAAAUAAUAUUAAAACAUUUUAUCUUCAGGGAUCUUAUGUUUACUUUAAUGUCAAUGAAGGAACCAAUUUUACAAACCCCAAAGUAAUUCAGUUAUGGGCACUUAAUAUUCCAGAUUUAUCGUCAUGCCCACUACUUGGUUUGGUAAAUUUAUUUUUAAGAAGUGAUUAUAAUAAAACAACAUUAAGUAAUUAUGCAAAAAUUAAUUCUACAUUAGUCCAAAUUAACUUUCCACAAAAUAGUCUACCCAUCCCAAGUUUUAUUGAAACUAAUCGUGAUAUAUUAGGUGUUUCAAUAGUUGAUCAACCAUUUUCUAAACCAUCUAGUGUGAUUGAUAUGUCAGUAGGUUAUAAAUUACAACUAUUUUCCUCAAAUAAUAUUGGUCCAGAUUUCAAUAUAAAUGGAGAAUUUCCAAUUAAGUUUUCGAAUACUGUCACAAAUAUUUAUAUUCGAUUUGGUUCAUUUAAAACAAUUCCAGUUUUUUCAAAUGUUUCCACUGGAUCAGUUACAAUUGCAAACUCAGGUUUAACAGAUUUAUCAAUUUAUGGCGGGAGUGCAAAAAUUUUAGAUUAUUCUGAUAAUACAUUGACAGGCACAAUUGAUAAAUCUUAUUGUAAUGUAGAAUUAAUUGUUGCAAAUAAUAAUUUAACAGGAACGAUUCCAUCAUGUUUCACUUGUUAUUUUGGGUAUCCAAUCACAAAUGCUGGUAUUUGGUCAAAAAUUCCAUUUUAUGAGAGAUUCAAAGGUAAUUUUUUCACAAAUUAUAUACCAAACCCUGGUUGUACAACAUUUGCUCCUCAGGUAAGAGCAAAUUCAAUUUUAUCAGGUUACAUUAUUUCUGGUAUUGAUAUUGGUUUCGAUGGCCAAUCUUAUAAAUUUAAUGGUACUGAACCAUGCUACUUUCCUUCUUUUCGAUUAGGAAAAGAGAUUAAUUGUAUAGUCAAUAAUAACUACCUUGCCAAUGUUAGAUAUGCCAGUAUUUUAAAUACAUGGCAUAAUACAAAUUAUACAUUUGCAUUUAUUAGUAGUCCGCCAGAUGCAUCAUUAGUUUCAGUUUCACUCAAUACUCUUACCAUUGAUGGUACUUACUUUUCAUCAUAUAUGGGUCAAUCAAUUCAAACUGUUAAAAUUGCCAAUAUUAAUUGUGCCAUUAGUGCAACUAAUUUCUUUAAAAUUGUUUGUACUACACUUUCAACCAUUCCAUCAACUUCUGAUAGCCAAUUACUCACAAUUUCAAAUUCAAAUGAAACUAAAAAUUUUUAUAUUCAAACUUCAGACGGUUACUCAAAUUCAAAAACUUGUCCAAAUGAUUGUUCAACAAACUCAAAAGGUAUUUGUGAUUUAAGUACAGGUAUUUGUGUUUGUAAUAUAGGUUUUGGAGGUAAUGAUUGUAGCUCUGUCCAAUGUUUUGAUCAAAAUUGUUCAGGUUUUGGUAUUUGUAAUAUAACAACAGGUGAAUGUAAAUGUGAUUCAUCUCAUCAAGGUGAUGAUUGUUCUUUACCAUUUAUACCUUGCAAAUCAGAUUGCAGUCAAUACUUAAAUCAAGGUUCUUGUAAUAAUCAAACUGGUAUUUGCCAAUGCUCUACAAACUAUCAAGGUUCAGAUUGUGCAAUUCCAAUAGUUAAUAUUACCUCAGUCAUUCCAUGUACUAUUGACGGUGGUGAAGUUUCAAUUAUUGGUUGGUUUGGUAGUGACAAUACACUUACAUUAGCAUCGUACAAUGUUUCCAUUGGUAUAUUAGAUUGUAUUAUAACAUCAAUUAAUCAAACAGUAAUUAAAUGUAAUCUUGGAGCAGGUGAAGGUACUAAAGAUAUUAAAACUAUAAAUUCAAUUCAUCCAAAUGUAACGUACAUUGCUUAUGGAUUAUUUAAAUAUCAAACUCCAGUACAUUAUAUUACAUCAGUUAUUCCAUGUACUAUUGAUGGUGGUGAAGUUUCAAUUAUUGGUUGGUUUGGAAAUGGAGCUCUUUCAUUAACAUCAUUUAUUGUUUCCAUUGGUGUAUUAGAUUGUAUCAUAACAUCAAUUAAUCAAACAGUAAUUACAUGUAAUGUUGGAGCAGGUAAAGGUACUAAAGAUAUUAAAAUUAUAAAUUCAAUUCACCCAAAUAUAGUAUUCAUUGGCUAUGGAUUAUUUAAUUAUCAAAAUCCAAUUAAAACUUGUCCAAAUGAUUGUACAAGCCCAAAAAAUGGUAAAUGUAAUUCAAAUACGGGUGAAUGUGAAUGCAAUGAUCCAUUCAAAGGUUUUGAUUGUAGUACAAAAAUUGAAAUCACAACACCACCAACAAAUUCAUCAAUUGAUAAAGAUACAGGCGGAGCAACAAUUGGUAAUCAAAAUACAAAUUAUGAAAUUUCAAUUUUAUCAUUAAAUGAAAUUUCAAUUGAUGGUUCAACAAUCAUAAAAUCACAUCCAUUAAAUGGUAAUUGGUCAAUUGAUAAUAAAGAAACGAAAACAACAUCAGAUUCAAAUAUAUUUAUAUUUUCACAAAAAUUAAUAAAUAAUACAUGUACAAUAAAUUAUACAAUUGAAGAGGUUAAAUUAAAAGAUAAGAGUUUUACAUUUGGAACUACAACAUUCACAGUAGAAAAAGGUUCAAUAAAAUUAUCAGUUUUAAUUAAAGAUUAUCAAUAUCAAAGUUCAUUAAAUACAUUACAAUUAAUAUUUUAUUCAGGAGCUGUUGAUACAAAUGAUGAUGAUGAUUGUAAUAAAAAAGAAACAACAAUCAAUACAUCAAAUUUAAAUAAUCAACAAAAUUUAAAUUAUAUUCAAAUCUCAAAGAAUUCUAAAACUUUAGUUGGUCGUUUCAUUAAUCAAGUCAUUGCUGAUUCAAGACCAACAUUUAUGUCAAGUACAAUUAUUAAUGAUAAUAAUAAUAAUAAUAAAUCAUCAAUUAAAAUAGGAUUAAAUUUACCACAUUGCAAAAAUCAAUGUUUAAUAGAUCCUGACUUUUCUGUGUUGGUUAAUUCAGACUUUAAAGAAUCAUGUGAUAAAUCACAAAAAAACAAAUGGAUAAUACCUGUUUCUGUUGUUGUAUCUGUGGUUGGUUUUUCUAUCAUAAUUACUAUAUCUAUAAUUAUAUAUAUCAAACACAAAUAUAGAUUUAAAAUUAUUUCAACCAAAUUAAAGCCUUUUAGGAAUCCAAAAUAA